UCGAUGCUGUCUAAGAAAGUAAAGUCGUUGUUGAGCUUUUGCAACGAUGUGCUCAGUGUUCGCUUUCCACUUCAGGUUGUUGCUAAUGUGUGUUCUGAGGAAUUUAAAAGAGUCAGUGAUGGUGGUUGGGUCUCCAUUUAUUUUUAUGGAUAUUUUGGGAUUCGGCAUGCAGUCAAUAAUGACUUCCUGGGUUUUGGCUGUAUUAAGCAGAAGAUCAUUGUUUGUGCAUCAAGUGACAGUUUGGGUCACACCAGUGCAGUACUGGAUGUCAUCAUUGUUGGAGGUGAGGCCUACAAUCAUUGUGUCAUCUGCAUAUUUGAUUGUUUUCCUAGAACUGUCCUUGGAUGUAAAGUGGGUGGUGGGUGUACUGUGAUAAGAGCCAGCGGGAGAGAACACAGAAACUCCGAACCCUGUGGCAUAUGACUGGGUCAACGCUCAUGUCCAAGAUUAUGGUAAAGAGUUUGUGUGGGUUGAUGGAAUUAACAUUGCAUGUGUGGGCGUCACAUGCACUGGUGUUGCAAGGCAUGGUGGAUUGCUAUGCUGAGUGCAUCCUCACCAGACCGGUUGGCUUGGUAUGCAAAUUGAUACGGGUCCAUGAGAGGGGAGGUGCAGGAUUUCAAGUAUGACAGAAUGAUCUGCUCAAAUACUUUCAUGAAGCUUAUCUGAAAUCAUAGUUCCUUGUUGUUCCAAUUUCGUUACAUAGCUGGACUUAGCUUUUCUUAUUGCAGCAAGCAAUUUAUUUGGCUGCGAUGUAUUGAUCCCUGUCUCCACUUUUGUAUGCACAGUUCUUGUCUUUGCGUAGCAGGCGUAAUUCUUUGGAGAAUCAGGGUUUUUUAUUGCUAUUGAAAAAUUCCUGGCAGAACUUGAUGCAUGAUGUCACUGUGCAAGUGAGUUCAUCGAGGGAGUCGCAAGCUGCAUUAAAUAUAUUCCAAUCAGUGCAUUCAAAGCUCCCUUGUAGCGUUUCAGUGUCAUCAGAUUUGGCUGUUUUCGUAAUGGAUUUAAGCUUUUUUCUGUAUUUCGGUUUGAGGAGUAACACCGUGUGUGGAACCCUUGGGAAUGGACGGUCGAACGGGCACAAAAAGGAGCCUCCACAGAACACAACGGAGACAUCAUUGAAGCUGGAUCUAGAUAGUUACCGUUCGUAUUACCUGACCGUCCAGGCUUCCUACAACCAAACCCUGUCUCCAAAGUCCCCUAAAGUCCCCUUCAGUCCUUACCAAGACACCAAAAUAGAUCCUCCAAAAGUGUCACUGACUGGAUGUGGUGACUGCAUCCAGGUCAACAUUUCUCUGCACAAGAACAUUGAGGAAUUCUAUCCUCUUCCACACUUCACCGUCUCUUUGAAGAAACCUAAUGAAGCAGAGAAAGUCUUCAGCCGGGAAGGAAAGAAUUUCACUCUUGAAAACUUACAGAAGGGCCAGGAGUACUGUGUAAAGAUGCAUUUAAAGAGUAAUGUGAACAAAAACACCGAGUCAUCAGCUUGGACCUGCACCUUCACAAGCAUCGAGGAACAGAGGAGAGUCAAUGUUAUUUUAGGUAUAGGUGGUGUUCUUCUGUUUUUGGCGAUCUGUGCCCUGAUGAGCCUCAUGCUUUGCCUCCACUACACCGGAUUCCUGUGUAAACUGGAGACUCUGCCCAGAGCACUAAUUGUAAGACACACGGCUCUUAUCCCAGGCCAGAUCCUGUCACUGGAGACGACGUUCCUUGAGCUGAUCUCCGUUAUCCCAGACACGGACAAACAAAACAAGAGCAAAAACCCUACAGCGCCAAAUCCCGCCACCAAGGCCACUAACUCAGGUGAGGCAGAAGAAGAAGAAGAAGAUGAUGAUGAAGAGGAGGAAGAUGAAGAGAAAUACAAGUACAUGGACAGAGGCGGCCUUUCCUCAAACGAAAGCUCCGGUCAGGACUCUCGUGAUGUGUCGGGGAACAGCACGGCGCCCGCGUCAGUGAGUUUGUCAGCUGAGGUGGAGGAAGCGGACGCAGAGUUUGAUCGGGAGGGGCUUGAUCAAUAUGAGGCUAGAGAUGAAGGGGCAGAGGUUUCUUUCAUGUCUGAGGGGGGUCAAACUCAAGUCCAGGGAGAUGUCACAGGUGAGGAGGAGGAGGAGGACAUGAAGGAAAAGGAGGAAGCGUGCCACACCUCCGGCAAUAUCAAUCUCCUCUCAGUCACUGUCGCCGCACUGGCUGUAAGUGAGGAAGAGGAGGAGGAGGAGCAGGAUAUGUUUACUGACUUUUUGAAACUGUCUGAUCGGGAGCCUCUCCUGCCCACAGACUCAAAAUGCACUUUGAGCCACACAGACUCAGAAACCGAGUCACAUGAUCAGACGACAUUAAUGCAGCCUAGACUAGAAAAGGUUAAAGAGAGCGGAUACGAGAACAGGACUGCACACGCUUCAUCCAGCGAGACCGAAGAGGAGGAAGAGGAACACUCAGGAUAUAUGGGACGCACAUGAUAAUGUUGUUCUGAUUGUGUAUGUUUGUGUGAUACGGGAGGUUUUCAUUAAUGUAUUUUUCCAGCAGCUGUACUGUAAAUACUUAAAUAUG